AGAAGCAAGACCCUUCUCCUGGGGGCCUGCCUGGUGUUAGCCUGUGUGCAGUUUAGAUCCUGCAGUUCGACUGCACCCAGAUGGCAGAAAAUGCCGAGUCCUCUGUGUCUGAGCUGGGCCACACCUCCUUGCAGGAUGAGUUGCUGGGCAUUACAAUCCUGAAGUUACCUGGCACAGACAACGUCCCACUAUAUCACGUCCAUCAGAAGAACGGCGUGCCGAUCUGCGACAACUUUCUGCUAGGAUGCUGUUAUUUGCAGGAGCGGUGCCCUUGUCAUCACACCCCGUUCCCCUACCACUGGCAGUGGCGCCGCCAGAAAGACAAAGUGUGGCUUAGUUUCAGUUUCUCAGCUCAGCAGCAUCUGGAGAAGCUCUACUGUGAACAGGAAGUCCCCACGGCGCAAUUGAGGGACAGGACGGGCAACGUGUAUUUCUUAAACUUUAACACCAUGGUUCUCUCACCGAUGCGGCUGUAUGACCAAGUAAGGCGACUGUCCAACAGCAGCAGCCCUGAUUACAGUCCCUACCUCUUUACAGAGUGGAAGGUUUACUGGAAUGAAAGUGGUGAUUGGAAGGAAUAUGAUGAGCCUAUCGCACAGGAACUCGUUGCUGCUUUCGAGCGGGGCAUGUGGAACCAUGCCUUCUGUCUGCAAGAUCAAAUCUACAAUGUAGACCUCAAACAGUUUAUCCAGCGCAACGUAAAGACGGGCUUCACUCGUGAGAUCACGUUCCGACCCAUCUGGCGCUCAGCUGCCAUUACCGCGCGCUGCUUGCGGUCACUUGCUCCACCCCUGACCACUGCGGCUCUCGCAGGAGAAGAUCCUCUAGAUUUGUUCUGUGGUCCUUAUCCUGCGGCCUGCGUCCCGCCACCUCAAGGGGGCUCUUCUUUCACAAUGGCAGAAGUGACUCUGUCAGAAGUAGCCUAUCAGAUGGUGAGGAAGCUGUUCCAUGCCAAGUUGCCCGAGGAUGAGGCGUUGGUGCUGGCUAUCUACCGCAUACGCAAUGACCAACUCUGGAAUAAGUAUAUGAGCCAGAAGAGGCUCAUGUUCCAGGUACGCUCAGAGGAGGACCAUCCCUCCGUGGAGAGACACCUCUUUCACGGCACAGCGGCAUCUCGGAUCAAGCCUAUUUGCAUAGGCAACUUUAACCCCAGCCUGGCAGGAUCAGUUAAUGGCGCAGUUUUUGGCCGGGGUGUUUACUUUGCUAGGGAUUCCUCCUACUCAAACAACUAUGCCGUAGCAGCCAAGAACAAUGUGCGCCACAUGUUCCUGGCCAAAGUGCUGACUGGUCGCUGGUGGAGAGGCAGCUCACGGUUAAGGCGAACUCCCCCCCAGUUCGACUCCUGCACAGAUUGUAUCCGUGACCCACACAUCUUUGUUAUCUUCAGAAGCUGCCAGUGCUACCCCUACUUCCUGAUUCGCUACAAGGAAGUGAAGACACCUGUAGCUGUGGAUAUGUGAGAAGAGCCUCUCCUCCUCUACAUCUCUGCUGCGACGGUCUGUAUUUCGGGUCAAAAGCACAUGACUCAGCAAGGCUACUUUUUCCUUUACU